AUGCCUACUUCUGGCCUCCUCUACGUCACGAUGCAGCCCAAGGGCUCGCUUCCUGUCGCCCAAUUCCACGACUGGUAUAACUCGGAGCAUGGCCCGCUGCGUCUCCGUCUUCCCUUCGUUUCUAAUGGCUUUCGAUUCCGGGCCACCGAUGGCGAGAAGCCCGAGUAUGUCGCCCUCUACGACAUCACCGAUAUGGACGAGUUGACCCGCAAGACCUACCUCGAUCUGCGAACGGAUCUGAUCAAGACGGAGCGUGAGAAGAAGACCAUGGCUCAGAUUGACGUCGGUCGAUUGCUGUAUGACCUCGUGGAUGAGCGCAGCAUUCCCGAUUACCGCCCACUGGAGUCGCAAGCCGACACCGAUGCCGAGACCCGCGGCAGCGUCAUGAUCGCCGUCACUACAACCACCCACUCAGACCCCGAGAAGCAGGCUGAACAUGACCGCUGGUAUCGUGAGGAACAUCUGGAGAUGCUCUCGCGUGUCCCCGGUUGGCGCCGUAGCCGUGUCUUCGUGACUGCUGCCAUUGAUGCCCAGGCCCCGCGUGAGACCCUCGCCCUGCACGAGUAUGCGCCCGUCAACGGCCUGGGUGGUGAUGCCCACAAGGCGGCCAUGAACACCCCCUGGCGCGAACGUCUCCAGCAGGAUGUCGUGGCCUCGAAGCGUCGCCGCGUUUACCAAUGGUACUACACUUUUGGCCCUGCCCCACGAGAGCUCAGCUCGCUCGCUAGCCCCGACUGCGCCGGGCCCUGGUCCUCCAACGAUGGCAAGACUCGCACUCUCCCCUCCACCACUCGCCCAGCCGUCGAAUCCUACAUCACCACCGCCGAUGGUGUCGAAAUCCCCUACCGUCUGGAGGGUAGCACCGACCCGGACGCACCCGUCGUGGUGUUGAGCAACUCCAUCCUCGUUGACUGGCACAUCUGGGAUCGAUUCGUGGACGCCUUCCUCUCGCGCAAGGAGAACCAGAAAUACCGCGUUGUCCGCUAUCUCACUCGUGGCCGUCGCUCCGACAGUGGCACUCAACCCGUUAACAUCGACGUUCUCGCCUCCGACCUCAACACCCUCCUCGAACACCUCCGCGUCUCCCCCAAGGGCGCCCGCCUCAUCGGCGUCAGUCUGGGCGGCGUCACCGUCCUCAACACCUCCCUCCUUUUCCCCGAGCGCGUGGGUGCCUUCAUCUCCUGCGACACAAAUUCAUCCGCCCCCGAAUCCAACCGCAAAGCCUGGGGCGACCGUGUCGCGAUCUGCGAAGAGGAAGGAUCCGUCAACGCCGAGCAGGAGCCCAUCGUCGGGGAGAAAUUGGCCGAAGUGACCACGCGACGCUGGUUCGUCCCGGAGUCCUACGAGACGCAGCCCGAGGUGCUGGCGCAUGUCAAGGAGGCGGUUCGCAACAAUAGUCUGAAGGGAUUCGCGCAUAGCGUACAGGCACUUUGCGCGUAUGAUAUUCGGGAGCGUAUGGGUGGUGCGACAGUGCCGGGAUUGUUUGUUGCCGGAGCGAACGAUGGUGUGUUGCCGCAGACGAUGCAGAAGAUGGCGGCGGAUCUGAAGGGAGAUGCUGAAUUGAAGAUUAUUGAGAAGGCUGGACAUUUGCCGAUGGUUGAGCAGCCCGAGGCAUUUGCUGGGGUUGUGAGUGAGUUUUUGGGCAAGAUUGAUGGUAAUUAG